AGAUCCCCAAGGCUUCCUUCUUCCGCCACGGCGAUGCCGCGAAAAUUAUCCACGACGGCCCCCGAAAAGCGCAGGAAGUCGAACGGGACGAGGUCCCGGACGGGCUGUCGUACCUGUCGAGUUCGUCGCAUCAAAUGCGACGAGACCCCCGGAAAAUGUAACAACUGCACCUCAACCGGCCGAUCCUGCGCCUAUGACAUGCACCGGCUGCCUCGAGCCGCAGCGGGCCAAGGUCUCGACAACAAAAUAAUAUGCCAGGUCGCAGACGGCUUCCGCUGGGCCAUGACGUCCGAUGAGCGGCGAUGUUUCUCCCAUUUUCAACACUUUACCAUUCCGAGUCUUCUGGAGUUAUUCGACUCGGCACUGUGGAGGAACCUCGUCCUCCAGAUCUCUUACUCCGAACCCGCCGUCUACCACGCCGCCGUGGCGCUUAGCGCGAUCCAUCAGGAUGUCGAGCAAUGGGGGAUGCCACUGCCGGGACAGACCCGGCAAAAUGUUUGGCAGAAGUUCGCUUUGGAACAGUCCGCACGCUCAUAUGGCAUCCUCAGCAAACGGAAUGCGUCCGAUCCCCGUCUAAGAGAAAUAAUGCUGCUCUGUUGUCUUCUAUAUUCGCUGCUCGAGUUACUGCAAGGCCAGUACGAGCGGGCAUGUCGGCAUCUGCAGGGAGGCUUGCGAAUCCUGAAGGAGAUCAAGGUACAGAAGCAGCUGGCUGACGACACCGAGUCACCGGUUGAGAAAUGUCUAGUUGCGGCGUUUGUGCAGCUCGAUAUCCAGUCGACCUACUACGGGGUGCACGGCCCGGUGCUGUGCGUCGAUACGGAACUGGGAAAGUAUCAAUGGCAGUUGAAUCAGCCCGAGAUGUUUUCGACUCUGCUCGAGGCCCGCCAAGCGAUUGAGCCUUUGGUGAGUGGUGUCUUUCGGUUCACUUCGGAAUCCUGGCCACUGUCAGCGGCGGACGUGGCGCGAGAUUAUGACUCGUUGCUCCCACGACAAGAACGGCUUCUCUCGCAACUGAACCUUUAUGCCGAUUUGUUCAGUCCGUUCUACUUUGGGUCCUAUGCUGGCCUGAGCUACAGAGAACAGCGAGGGGCCGACAUUAUAUACAUUCUGCACCGGUGUCUCACACUGUCGGUCAAAACCUGUCUAUUGGCGAAGGACCCUGCCGUGCUGGACUGUUACACACCAGAGUACCAGGAAGCGCUGUAUCUGGUGGAGGCACUACUGUAUAAGUACCCGGAGCGUCCAACCUUCACUUUGGAUGUGGGCAUUCUUCCCACUUUGUACCUCAUAUCGUUUAAAUGUUAUGAUGUCCGGGUACGCUUGCGGGCGAUUGAGGCACUGCAGCACUGGCCGCACCGUGAGGGACUGUUCGAGUCAAAGUGGAUGUCGUUUCUGUUACUGGAGUUUAUCAAGGCGGAUAUGAAGAAGGACGUGCUGAGCAUGCCCGAAUUCCCCUCUGAAUCGUCGAGCUCGUCCACGGGGUCACCAGGGGCCACUGCAGAUCAAUAUAUGUCCACGGUGGGGUAUAUUGAGGAAGUGCAGAAGCAGAUCAUGAGCGGAGCCAGCUUUCAUCUCCAUGAUGCAUUAGAGAGUGUGGAGUAUCUGACAUCCUGGUCGUGCGUGAAAACUAUUACGCCGAAGGGGGAGAAAUGUAAGUAGUAAAUAUUACAUAUGACCUAGGUCAGCAUGUAUUUGAACUCGCUGGAAGAGAAACAAUACUGGUUUAUAUGCUUACAUAGAACAACAAAUAAC